AUGGCGGCCCCCGCAGCGUCACCGCGACGCGCACACCGCACGCCGGGACGAGCACCGCGCGCGCUCGCCUCGAUCGAAGCCGUGACAGAGCCUCCACAGAAGAAGCGCAAGUUCCUUCCCGGAGGACCAGGGGGAGGUGGACGAUACGUCGACGAGCACGGCAACGAGAUGCCUCGAGAAGCCGUGCUCGCAGCUGCGCAGUCUGCUCCCAGACCUCGACCCCGACGAGAGCACACCGGCGCCAACUCCAAGUCUGGAGACACUCCCGCGGCGACGCGCUCUGCCCUCUCGACCAGACCACGGCGCGACCGCGCUCGCGAGCGUCCUCAGCGAUACGCGCCAUCGAAUGCCAACACCCCAAGUCGACCGAAACCGCGUUACAGUAGUGCUGCUGCGGCGGCCGCGGCGAGCCAGGCCAGUGAUGGAUACAAGCCGAGAGAAGAGCGCAGCUGGGAAGAGUUCCACCCGGAGCUAGAUCUGGAUGUGAGCCUGAUGUUAUUCACAGCCGACGAGGUGGAUGGUAGGAUGAGCAGGAACGAUGUGAACUUGCAAGGGAAAACGAUACAUGGGCUGGAUGGGAGGCCACUGACAAAUGGAGAUAUCGAGAUGGCCGAUGCUUCUGCAGAAGCUGCAGAAGCGGAUAACACUUCGCCAGCUUCUCCAGCUCCAGCAGUCUCCACUCCACUUAAGAGGAAGCCAGGUCGGCCUCCCCGGAAACCCGAAUCGAUGUUGAGCGGCUUGGGCUCCCCUCCUGCUCCUCGCAUUGUACCGCUACCGACACACAAUCCGAAAGAGCGCCUGAACCUGCCGAAGCCGUCCUUUCGGCACUUCAGCCACUUUCUCCAAUAUGAGGACGAUGCCAAAGAGAACAGAAUGAACUACGUGGACAGGACAAUGGCUCAUGUUGGGUACCAAGAAAGUGACAGAUUCGAACUUCCUCCAAAAGUGCUAGUCCGUCUAUCAGAAAGCCAACAAGUGGAGGAUGAAGCGGAUGUUAGCCUUCGGCUGGAGAGCGAUGGACCAGCCCAAGCCAAUCAGGCCACAUCCGUCGUUGGCAAGGUGGAAUACGACAUGGAUGAGCAGGAUGUAGCAUGGCUGGAGGAGAUCAACGAACAGCGCAAAGCAGAGGGCGUCGACGCCGUCAAACCCGCGAUAUUCGAGAUCACCAUGACCCAAAUUGAAAAAGAAUUCCACGCAUUGGAGAAGCGCAUUCCCAAGCCACAGCCACGGCAUGCUCAAACACAUAGACCGCGUUCGAGCUCACAAGCCGCGGUCAAUGGCGAUCCGAAUCCGCCGGGAGAUGAGCCCGAUAGUAAGUGCGCCAUCUGUGAUGACGGCGAUUGCGAGAACGCGAACGCGAUCAUCUUCUGCGAUGGAUGUGAUCUUGCAGUCCAUCAAGAGUGCUACGGCGUACCUUUCAUACCCGAAGGCCAGUGGUUUUGCCGCAAGUGCAAAGAGAUAGGGCGCGGAACAGCUACCUGUAUUUUCUGCCCCAAUGUGGACGGUGCCUUCAAACAGACGAGCACCCUACGUUGGAGCCAUCUGCUUUGUGCAAUCUGGAUUCCGGAGGUCAACAUUGCCAACAUGACAUUCAUGGAGCCUAUACAAGACGUCGACAAGGUUCCCAAAGGCAGGUGGAGGCUGUCAUGCUAUUUGUGCAACCAGAAGAUGGGCGCAUGCAUCCAGUGUGGCAACAAGAAUUGCUAUCAGGCUUUCCAUGUGACAUGCGCGAGACGUGCCAGGCUCUACCUGAAGAUGAAGUCGCAAUCACAGGGCGGCAUAGACACCUCUGCGUUGAAGGCAUUCUGCGACAAACAUGUACCUCAGGAGUGGCGCCGAACUCACGAUACGGACACAGCUACAGCUGAGGCCAAGCGAUGGUACAGACACGCAUUCAAGGACCGCAAGUGGGCCGACAGCCAAUCUGCAGCACUUGAAUUGGGUGCUCCUCCCCCGCCCGAUGGUGGGCUAGGGGCUGAGACGAAUGUUGGUGAAGACACCAUUGCGGUGACGAAGCGACGCAAGAAUCAGCCACAAAGACUGAGCUGGCGCCUCCCAUCCGGCGCUCCAGUGGUACCCACGGUGGUGUUCAACACUGUCGAAGCGAGCCUUACACGCUUCAACUUCCGCCAGCGAAAACAAUUUAUCGAAAAGGCAUGUAAAUACUGGACACUCAAACGAGAGGCUCGACGUGGCGCGGCUCUCCUGAAGCGCUUGCAACUCCAGCUCGAGAGCUUUUCUAGCAUGGAAGUUACUCGUCGCCAUUUCGCAGGCAUGGGUGCUGCUGGUGGGCCCAGGCUCGAGCGGCGUAUCGCCUUUGCGAACAUGUUGCAGAAGGACAUGGGCCAUCUGACCCGGCUCACUUCUAGUGUCCGACAACGGGAAGAGCUCCGCCUCCAAGAAGUCGAAUUGCUCAAGGAGUUGGUGGACACGGUCUACUUUCCGAUCCCUCGCUUACUUUGGCCGGUCUUGCAGCGAGCGCAGAAGUAGGUCUAGGCCUGCAUGUGUCACAAAGUGGAUUUGGUGCUAAUUUUGCUUCAGGCUGGACGAUAAGACGCGCCUGUUUCGCGCUGGCUUCGAGACUCUGGCCGAAAGGUUGAAUGAACGCUACUACACCUCGGUGGCUGACUUUUCGCGAGAUUUCUCGCGCAUCGUUCUUGGCGUGUUGGCUCCGCAGGACAAUCUUGAUGAGCUAACAGACGCUGACAUCGAAGCUAUCCACAGUCAGCUUAAUGAGGCACCUCCCGGCACUGCGGAACACUCUUCGUUGACUCAGGAGCAAAAGGAUCUCAAGCGGAUAGCCAAACGGAUUGUGAAGCCGGUCAAAGAGCUUCUAGAGGUGGCAACUCGGCAAGAAGCCGAGCUCCGAGGCCGCGAGCUCGAAGAAGAGAUUCGGAAGCUUGACUCGAUGGGCAUAUUCGCUUCUGCUGUCUCGAAGUCGCUAGGUGUCGAUGGCGAUGAGGAGGUGGAGACAAGCAGGAAACGACGCCGGACAGGCUCCGAGGCUUCCGCGGUUGCAGGUGCGUCUCCUGAAGGUCAGGUCCCUGGCGACACUGAAAUGCCGGAUGCUGACGAACCCACGGAUGAAGCGGUCCUUCAUCUCAACGUCGCAGGCAAGAAUGAUACAGUACCUGUACCGGGCAACCAGCGCACACCAGCCUCCAAGGCGCCAAGUCGCGCAUCCUCCACAGCAGGAAAUGCGUUGGCGAACAGGAACGGUCACCCGACUGCGCCUCUGUCGCCUCCGAUCUCUCGCUCGUCAUCCGCGCCCAACGGUGCGCCGCAUUCGACCAGCGAAGAGUCCGAGUCUCACGAUGUUUUUGCACAAGGCGGAGUGCCCUGGUAUCUGGAGCCCUUCGAUCCCAAAGGAACAACAAUACACGAGGAACGCUACACCGGCCGAGCGGUAUUGCGUGACAUGUCGGAAGAGCUGUCAGAUAUGGACGAGGACACGCUGACCGAGCUUGCCGUGAAUGGAGCAGAAGUUGCCGGCGGUAGCAAAGCAUCAGUGAACCAUGCCGGUGCAGCCACUGCAGUGCACGCGGCAAAGAGUAGCAAGAAGAAGGGAAAGGCGAAGAAGAAUCAGUGGUCGCGGUCGAGGAGAUGA